AUGGGUAGCAAGAUGGCGUCUGCCAGCAGGGUCGUUCAGGUAGUCAAGCCACAUACUCCAUUAAUAAGAUUCCCUGACAAAAGAGACAAUCCGAAACCUAACUUUUCAGAAGUUUUGAGAUCAGCAGGACUACCGUCUUACUCUUCUUCAACUUCACGGCAUUCUAAGGGAAGUAAAUCCCCAGAUUUGUUGAUGCAUCAGGGUCCACCAGACACUGCAGAAAUAAUAAAAACGUUACCUCAGAAAUACAGAAGGAAACUUGUAUCUCAAGAAGAAACUGAAUUUAUCCAACGUGGAGGUCCAGAAUAA